AUGGAACAACACAGAGGCAUCCAUGCAACAAGAAUACUUGGUUUUGAGGAGUUUGCUCAUGCUGCAGAAGUUAUGAUGAGCUCCAUCGCCGGCGAUGCUCAAGGGAGUUUGGCUGCUUUGACGUUGGGGAAGAGAGCUGAGAGUGAGUUGGAAAAAAAUAAUUUCUCGGAGACUGGGCUUUUGCUUUCUCAGGCUAUGGAUCUUAAACCAUCCGGAGGUAGCCAUGUCAUAUAUAAAGUCGGGUUUUCUGCAAGGAUGGCAAUGGGUAAUCAUGUUGGUGCUCUGGAAGAUGCUAAUGAAGCUCUGACAUUAAUUCCUCGAUAUCCUAAGGCUUUUAUUUAUCUGAGAGAUGUUUUCUUGGCUAUGGACCAGUUUGAUGAUGCUGGAAAAUCAUACUCGACAUGUUUAGAGCUCGAUCCCUCCAUUCGCCGUUCCAAAUCAUUCCGAGCUCGGGUUGCAAAGCUUCAAGAGAAACUUGGUGCCUUUAGGCCAUGUGAAUUCUUGGAUUUCUUCUUAUUUGAUUUUGAAAACGUUUUCUCAAAUCCCAUUUUUGUAAAUAUCCUUCUCUAA